AUGGAAUUUAAUGGAGCUUGUUUGAUUGCAAUUUUAGUGACAGCAGUAAAAGUGACGAAGGCGGUGGUUGCAGUGUUUCCGGCAUUGAACGGGUUGGGCAUGUCAAUGGCGGUGCUACAAUUCCCUGUGGGCAAACUGAACCCUCCUCACACUCACCCCCGCACUUCUGAACUUCUGUUUCUUGUGGACGGAGCUCUCUUGGUUGGAGUUAUGGACACCACGGGAAAGCUCUUCACACAGACCCUCAUUUCAAGGGAUUUAUUUGUGUUUCCUAAAGGACUCCUCCAUUACCAGCUCAACACGGAUGCUGCCUUCGAGGCCUUGGCUGUUUCUACCUUUGGGAGAGCCAAUGCAGGCACCGUGUCAGUCCCUUCUACUCUCUUCACAACCGGUAUGUUUCUUUAA